ACCAUUCAUUGUUGGUAUUAUUUAUUAUUAUUAUUAUUGACCAAUUCAAAGUUAUAUUGUUAAGCAUUGAAUUUCAAAUACGAACUAUGAGUAGACACACACAUAUACAGCUUGUAAUAUGUCAAAGCAAACAAAUGCAAUAUAUUAUUGUCUGAGUCAUCAUGAAAUGUGACUGACUGAGUGUUCUAUUGAAUCCGAAUUGAGUAUUUUGAUUGGUUAAUACUGUCAUAUGUGUAUAGGUAUAUGGAUUGUGUGUUUGUACUAGAGGUGAAUAUAUAUAUGUGAUACACACACGCAUACAUACACAUGUCUGAUAGACAAGUGAUAAAUGAAGUGUGUAUAUCCCGUCAAAUUAUACACAUGACGUUAGGUAUAUUGUUGUAGAUAGUCGUCUUCAAUGAAGAAGGAGGUCAUUUAUCCCAAAGUGUGCUUGUUUCUUUAAGGCAUUACGGAUUAGUUGAAAAAGACAAAUAAAAUAUACAAACAUUUUAGUAAGAAUGUUUUAUGAAAAAGUUGAAAGUGAUAGAUUGACAAAUAUGAAUAUUGAAAAUAAUUCUGGCAUUAUAUCCUCUUCAUCUUCAUGCUCACCAUCUCCAUCGUCAUCUUCAGCAUCCACAUUGACAUCACCGUCAUCAUCAUCAUCAUUCGGAUGUAUAGACAAUACACAAAAUUUGAUUGGUUCAAGUAAAUUAAGUUCACGUAUUCUAGAAGAUGCAGCUUUACAGCUAUGGACAAGUUUAAAUUUGGAUAGAUUUUAUUUCAGUAAUGAAUUAAUACAAUUAACUGCAAGAUUACAACAAAAUAUUGCUACAGUUGCUGCUAGUCUAAAUCACCAUCAACAUCAACAGCAACACCAACACCCACAUCAAUAUCAACAUCCUGAAUACGAACAACAUCAGCAUCAGUAUUAUCAUCAUCAUCAUCACCACUACCAGGAGAAUUGCAUUCAUAGUAUUCAACACCAACACCAUCAUCAACAACAACAAAUACAACCACAACACCAACAAACACAUCAUCAAAACAUGAAUAAUAAUAAUAAUGAUAAAUUGGUUAAUAUUCUACAGUCACCUAGUCCUUAUCUACAUUCCCCUUUAACAUCACCUUCAGUAUCCUCGUUGGCAGCUGUUACAUCAUCUUAUAAUUCUAUUAUACAUGAUAAUGUAGAAAAAAAUAUGAAUGGUACUCAUAACAGUAAUGAUAAUAACACUAAUAUUAAUAAUAAUAAUUUAAAUUAUAAUAAUGAAUUUCCACUAUCAUUGAUUAAUUACUCAAAUGUAACGAAAAUUGCUCAACUUGCAUCGUCUACAGCAAACUUUUUUAACUCAAAUUUAACAGGUUUAACAUAUUCGAAUGAUAUGUAUUUAAAAUGUACUAAUAAUCAUAAUAAUAACGUUAAUAAUAAUAGUAAUGGUAGUGUAACCACUACUCCAAGUAUCGUUAUUAAACCAGAUUUGGAUGCCACUACUACUAAUAAUCUUAAUAGUAGUAGUAGUACCACUACUAUUACUAAUACUACACCUGCUAACCCCCCUAAUACUUCUACUCCCACUCCUACUAUUACUAAUACGAAUACUAUUACUGAUUCUGAUGUAUUUAUGAAACAAAUUGAUGUGGAUAAUAUUAAAAAGGAGAAUUUAAACGAUUAUUCAGUUAACCAAGACACUUAUGACACUAAACUUCAUUAUCUUCAUGAAAAACAAGAACAUCAACUGUCAUCUGAUACUGGUGCUUUUGACCCAUCUACAGAUAAGCAAUGCUUAUCCAAUGAAGUACAAACACAAGAAGGCGAACAAGAACAACCAGAACAGCAACAGCAACAGGAUGAAAAGCAAAAGGAGGAAACUUCAAUAGAGUUAAAUAAACCGAAGCAAACAUUAUACUCUUGUACAAUAUGUCGACAAAGUUUUCAUUCAAAUACUGGUUUAAGACGUCAUAAUUUGGCAUUACAUGCAACUAAAGCAAUGAGAUGUGAUCAAUGCAUAAAAGUUUUCAGACAUCAGGCAGCUUUAUCAGAUCAUAAAAAGCGUGUUCAUGGUCCACGUGAAUAUAUUUGUGGUAUAUGCUCAGCAGAUUUUGCAACUGAAACCUAUUUACGUUCACAUGUACGCAUUCAUGAUGAAAAAAGAUAUAUAUGUUUAGAGUGUAAACAUGGCUUCUCAAAUCCUUCUGAUUUAAAAAAUCAUAUGAGAAUACAUAAUGGAGAGAAACCAUUUGAAUGUGAAGUUUGUGGCAAAGCAUUUCGUCAUGUCAGUGGAUUUUAUGCACAUAUACGUAUUCAUACUGGUGAAACACCAUAUCAGUGUGAAUUGUGCGCAAAGAAAUUUAGUAAUGCAAGCAAUUUUCGAAUGCAUAGAAGAGUACACACUAAAGAAAUGCAAUUUCGCUGCCAAACAUGUGGUAAAGAAUUUAUUCAACCAAGUAAUUACAGUCGACAUUUACGUAUACAUACUAAGGAAAGACCAUAUUCAUGUAAACUAUGCUCAGCUGAAUUUUUAUAUUCUACAUCUUUGAAACGACAUCAACAAAGAAAUCAUGGAGUAGAAUUAUUAAGAUGUCAAUUAUGUCAAAAAACAUUUUUAAAUGAAUCAUGCCUUAUUCGUCAUCGUACUGGUUGUGAGUUGCGCGCUUGUGUUAAAACUGCUGACGAAGGUUUAUGUACUCAAUUGUUAUAAAAUCGUAUAUUGAAGACAAAAACUCAUAAAGUAAUGUAUCAUCUUCAUGCUGAUGAGAUUCAGACGAAAGUGAAUUAAGAAUUAUAACUCAGAAAGUCAAAUUUUGUUAUUGUUGUUGUUAUUUAAUCAUUUGUUUCGUUUUAUUUUCUUUCGAAUACACCUACCAUUCAGAAAAAGCGCCUUUUUUGUUUAUUCAUUCAUAUUCUCAGAUUGUUGGUUGUUGUUUUUCUUUUUUCUUUAACUCGUAUAAACUUUAACAAAUAAACUCUCGUUAUUUGUUUGUAUUGUACUGUUUGUUUUUACACUCAUAUUUUGGAUACACAUUUUAUAACAUUUUGUUUGAUAAAUAAUAAAUAUUUUCUUUUCGUCUUCCUGUUCAAACUAUUUUUCGAUGUAUUUUGUUUUAUUUCACUGAUGUUCUCAGUGGGAUUUUUGUUUGUUUUUUACAGCUAAGAAGAAAUAUUCCCAUUCAUAAAACUCACAUUUCUACAUAUUUUUUUAAAAACUACUCUAAUAUAUUAACUAUUGUUCGUUAAUUAUAAUAAUUAAUAAAAUUGAAAUAAUUAGAGGUAAUAACAGUUAUAAUAAUAAUAACAAUGAUCAAUAAACUUAAA